AUGACAGAAUUUGAGAUGAGUGAUUUGGGUCUUCUCUCCUACUACUUAGAGAUUGAAGUGGAGCAACAGAAGAGCCGAAUUUUACUUAGGCAAUCAGCUUAUGCCAAGAAAAUUCUAUCUCAGUUCAAGAUGACAGACUGCAAUUCCACAAAGCAUCCAAUGGAAUCCAAGACACGGUUGCAUAAAGACUUAGAAGAGACUCAAGUUGACGCCACAGAGUAUCGGCGCAUCAUUGGUUGUUUGAGAUAUUUGUUACACACACAGCCAGACCUGUCAUAUUCUGUCGGAAUGGCGAGCAGAUAUAUGGAGAGGCCUACAAUCAUGCAUCACAAGGUGGUCAAACAAAUUCUCAGGUAUUUGAAAGGUACAAUCUAUUUUGGACUUGCUUACAUAAAGGAACCCCAAGAAAUUGGUGUAUUCGGCUACUCGGACAGUGACUUAGCCGAAGAUCUUGAUGGAAGGAAAAGCACAAGUGGAAUGACUUUUUAUUUUAAUGAAAGUUUGGUGUUCCGGAACUCACAGAAGCAGAAGACAGUGGCACUUUUAUCUUGUGAGGCAGAGUUUAUGGCAACCACAACUGUGACCUGCCAUGCUUUGUGGUUGAGGAGCCUUGCCAGCGAAUUAACCGGUGUAGAGCCAAAGUCGGGAGCCGAUGCAUUAACUAAAGCAUUGCCAGGAGUGAAGUUAGCUGUCAUGCAACAACUACUCGGCGUCCAUGACUUAGAACCAUGUCAGGAUUAG